CUCUGUAAACAUCUCUCGGAGAUGAAUCGGCGAACUCUUGCGUUUCGCUUUCACGAAGUAUGAUGGUAUGAUACGCGGUAACGUGGAUGUAUUUUGGGCUUUUUCGGCGAGUUUACCGACUCCUGGAAAAAAAAAGUGGAUUUUGCAAAUGUGAAUUUAAUGUAAGUUAUAGGUUUAAACGAGGGCUCAGCCGUGGAAAGAGGAACAGAGGGAGUCACUUCGGCAAAAAGUAGUGAGCGCGGACACCGAGCUCUCCAAACGGGAGUCAGUAUGCUGUCCGGAGGAGCCGCGGGCGGAGAGGAACUCGGAACCGAUUCGGUAGAACAGUAUGUUACGGGAAUGGCGUUGGGUCUGUGCGUCCCGUCUAUUCCACCGAGUGCAUGAAGAACAAGAAGAGGGGGACAAGUGCUCAAUGUUGUUUAAUUAUACGGAUAAAAUCAUGUUUGAUAAGGUCUUUGGACCCAAAUGUCACAUCUUCCGGAAAGUGCUCGGGCUGAGGCCCAUCAGCACUUGACAGCAGGCUGGGAGGUGGACAGUGUGGCUCAGUGCUUCAGCACUCUCUCAGUCACACCCUGCUUGGGCCCUGCAGUGAAUGAGAGCAGUUCUACAUUGAUCUGAUUCCUCAGCAUGGAUGGCUUGAGUGAGAGAACCCAUGCACUCUAAUGAGACCACCUCUCCAGAAAAGGACUAGAAAUUAUCAAGGGAUUACUCCUCAAAUUCCUGGUCUAUCUGUGAACUGCACAUUAGAAUAAUCUUUUAGAGGACUUAAUUUUGCUGGAUUUGUUACAUUUCCUUUUUACUCCCUCCAGCCACUGAUUUUGUCUUGCCAUUUCCUUUCCCUCCCUUUAUUUUUCACUAUGGAGUUUCAAGCCGGAUUUUGGAAUAACGAUUGGACUUCAUUUCUUCGCUUUUGGUUGACAGUGUUGUUGAGCUUGCAUGUGCAAUUCAGCCACGUCUCCUCCUGUCCCAAGGAGUGCCGCUGCGAUAGAACAUUUGUUUACUGUAAUGAGAGAAGCCUGACGUCUGUGCCUCUGGGGGUGCAAGAGGGAUCCAAGACCCUCUUCCUCCACAACAAUCAGAUCAACAAUGCCGGCUUUCCAUUGGAGCUACACAAUGUUGCCUCUGUAGAAACUGUUUACCUAUAUGGAAAUCAGCUGGAUGAAUUUCCCCUCAACCUUCCCAGGAAUGUUCGAGUGCUGCACCUCCAGGAAAACAACAUCCAGACUAUCUCCAGGGCAGCACUUGCCCAGCUACUCAUGCUGGAGGAACUCCACCUGGACGACAACUCCAUCUCAACCGUAGGGGUAGAGGAGGGGGCUUUCAGGGAGGCUGUCAGCCUCAAGCUUCUUUUCCUCACCAAAAACCACCUGAGCAGCAUUCCUAUCGGAUUACCGGCAGAUCUCAAGGAGCUGCGUUUGGACGAGAAUCGCAUUGCCGACAUUGACGAGGAUGCCUUUCAGAAUGUCACCACCCUGCAGCGACUUUUGCUGGAUGGGAACUUGCUUGAGGAUGAGGGCAUCGCUCCUGGAACCUUCCAGGGCCUGGUCAACCUGAGAGAACUGUCCCUGGCUCGAAACUCCCUCACCACUCCACCACCAUUGCUCCCUGGCGCAUCCCUGACCAAGCUCAACCUGCAGGAAAACCAGAUGGACACCAUUGAAGUGACAGCCUUCGUUGGGCUUAGUAAACUGGAGAAGUUAGACAUCUCUAGCAACCAGCUUCAGUUUCUUCCACCGGGUGUCUUUGAUGGCUUGAGAAACCUGAGGCAUCUUAAUGCGAGAAACAACCUCUGGAGGUGUGAUUGCAACAUUAAGUGGGUCAUUGCAUGGCUCAGGUCUCUACCUUCUGCGAUAAACGUCCGUGGGUUCACGUGCCAGAGUCCAGAAAGGGUGCGUGGCAUGGUAAUUCGAGAACUCACCUUAGAUGCCAUCGACUGCCCAGCGGGCACCGUGCUGCAUCCCUGGCCAACCCAUUCAUAUCCAUCUACAUUGCCACCCCGCAGAACCACCACCAUCACCACGACCAUCUCCAGAACCACCCGCUUCACCACCAUUUCACCCACUGCUUUUUACCCCGCCUCGGCCAACCCCACAACCCCAUUUCCACAUUUCCCUCCUGGUCCCCUGCCUCCAUACGAAGACCCCUUAAAAAUCUCCUUUCACGUAGUGAACUCUACCUGCAUUGACGUGAGCUGGGAGUCUUACUUCACUGUGACGGCUUACAAGGUGACUUGGGUCAAGAUGGGGCAGAGUUUGAUGAGUGACAUCGCUCGAGAAAGAACAGUCCCGGGAUACCAACGAAGGCUUAGCCUGUCAAAUUUAGAACCCAGGUCUAUCUACCGCAUCUGCGUGUACGUUCUGGAUACUCUCAAUACGUACAGACCGGGUGAGGAUACUAUCUGUUCUGAGGCUAAGACCAAAUCCACAUCCACAUACUCUGAAUCUGAGCAGGCUGCCCAGCAAGACAACACCUCCGCACUCCUAUUGGCUGGAGUGAUAGGUGGGGCAGUGUUGGUGGUCUUAGUGACACUUCUAAGCUUGUUUUGCUGGCACAUGCACAAGAAAAGCAGGUCGUCAUCGUCCAAAUGGAAAUACAAUCGCGGCAGGAGAAAAGAUGACUACUGCGAAGCCGGGACCAAAAAGGAUAACUCCAUCCUGGAAAUGACUGAAACGAGCUUUCAGAUAGUGUCACUAAACAAUGAGCAGCUUUUAAAAGGGGACUUCAGAAUUCAGCCCAUCUACACACCUAAUGGAGGGAUUGACAUCAGAGACUGUCACCUCAGUAACAAUAGCAUAGCGUACUGCAAGAGCAGUAAUGUUCCCAGUGUGGACUUCUGCCACACAUAAUGUUUUUCGACAGAUGCUACAACCAUUUGUUCAAAGAAAAUGUAGUUCAAUAUACUGUACAAUACACGUAUACAUAUAUACAUAUAUAUAUUUCCAGGUGCAGUCAACAUGGUAAUUUAUACUGUGGACAAGUAUGUGGAAUUCUGCUAUAUUUUCUAUUCUUAGUAAAUAUGAAAUGGUUUUGUAAUAUGUGAGGCUCAAAGUGGUUUCGCUCAAGGACGCUGCGGAUGUUUUGAAUAAUCGAAGCACGUUGGGUACCUGCUGCAAGUGCAGUCCACAGGUUUUGCCUCUCUACCACUUUAAGAUCUUGAAAACGUUGCUAACCACACAACCAAAAUAUGCCCUUUGUGCUGAAAUACAGCUGCCCCUUCACACAACAGUAGUUAAGAUAACACAGUGGCCAGGAAACCAAAACACAGCUGAUUAAGCUGCAGUAGAAAAAAAGGAGCUGAGUUUUUUCUUUCUUUUUUUGGAAUUGAAGUGCACAUUCUUAAUGCAGCAGAGAGCAUGAGCAGUCAUUCAGGAAAUUAGCUUUUGUGGAAAUCACAUUUGAAGGGAAAAGGGACCACUCUUCAACACCCUGCAGUUCUCACAAGGAGAAGCCUACGUCGGUGAAUGCGGUAGGGAGAUGGUUAGAAGGGUUCCUGUGCAAGCAUUUUUCAGGCAUAUUUGUAUAUAAUUUUUCCCACCAGGGGGCAGCUUGUCUCAGUACAUACAGACGAUAGCAGCUCAAAUAGACCACAGACACUCUAGCAUGUUAAAAUUCUGACUUUUCUGGAAAAAGCUUCUGUGCAGGAGCCUUAUUUUCAAGCAAUUAGCAGCCCAAACAUUAAAUGAGCUAAUAUAAUAGCUAAACCCCUGUGGUAAACUUAUAAUAUCCUGAGGGAGCUCUGUAAUCUCCUUCAUGUUUCUUUAAUUAUAAAUUGUAAAACAUAAGAAACCGAUGAAAAACUUCAACUUUAAAUCUGCAUUUGCCUUUUAUAUACUUAAAUUGCCCUUUCUGAACAUGUUCUGUUAUUUACAAAUUAGGCCAGGGUAUUACACAGAAGCUCCACCUCUCUAUCUAUUUCUGUGCUCUCACACGAAUGUGAUCAGGAACAUUCUACAGCGACAUCCACAUCAUUGUCCAGCUUUUCCUUUACUGACCAAAACCCUUUUUAUCAUGCAUCACAUCAGGUGGGAUGAUGAAUGGACAUUUAAACAAAAGCCCUCUUUUCACAGAGACGAACUGGCACAUGCCAGAUUCUGUCUUUGAAAGAGUUUCAGAUCCCUGCAUGAGUGCAAUUAGGACUAUUUUUUUUAAUGGCUCACAAGUUUUCCAGGACAGAGAGCCGAGUUUGGAAUUCGGGCUUGCUGUGGAGAAGUAUUUAUCAUGCGCUGUUACUCAAACUCCUUACUUGACAAGAUUUUAUUUUGUGGGCUGAGUUCAAACCCCCACUGCAUAAUCCCUGGUCCAAGAAAGGGAAAAAAAAUGCAAAGGUUAUUUUCGCUUGGCAGGAGGAUUCAGGACUGGGACGGGGGUUUGUUGUUGGGGUGGUGGUCCUAACUGUCGGAGUUAACCCUUCAUUGCUCUCCGACUUGGCAUUAAGGUUUAGACUAGAUGGCUGGAUACUUGUUUACAUCCAAAUUGUUUUUGGAAUUACUCAAAAUCAAAUGGAUCUUUGAUUUCUGUGACUAACACAGUUGGUGCUUGCACAGGUUAACAACCAACAACCCACAAGGUUUGUCUCAGUGGCACAGACAAAAUGCUCUCUAAAAGGAAAAAAGGGCUACUGCACUUCUGUGGUCAUGAAAGUAUUUCUCCUUAGCAUCCCAGCAGGCUUCUCCAACCACCCCGUCCCUACUUUUCCUGGAAAUCUGGAACAUCCUCGGCCUCCAUUUCUCAUCUGAAGGCUUUUAACUGAUGUGUACACCAUUAACAAUUAAUUUCAAAUCCUGUGGCCACCCGUAACUCUUUUUAACAGACUUCCUCCACACAAGUCCGGUGCGGCUGUCAGGCUCAGGCUCCCCGGGAGGUGGCGGUUGCGGUGGUGCAGACCCAAAUUAAUUGCUAAAGUAAAUUGCAAAGUUAACCCGUUAGUGAGAUAAAUCUGUCCCGUGCCUCUCGCCGACAUAUUUUCACAGAGAGAAAAGUGAUGGCAGAGAAACUUAUUUGUGCCACUAUCCAGUACAUCACUCCCUCUGCCGAAGUCCUCAGAGCUAGCUUUUGCUCGGUCGCUACCAUAACCAUAAAUGUUUCAUACUGAACAGUUUUAUCUAUUGCCUUACCGUAACCCAGCAGUAUAUCUUAAUGUGGUUCAUGUGAUGGAUUUGACAUCAUUUACACAGAGAUCUGUGGAUUACAUGUUUUGAAAGCAGGACUGAAUGGAAAGCACACAUUUUGAAGGGCAAUUGCAAACAGCAUACUGACAGACAUCAAUAGAUGACAUUGCUAACAAGCCAAGGUCUAUCCUCCAGACAAGAAUGGCGUGUUAUGAUUCAGAGUGACUCAUUGCUUAACUCGUGUGGCGUACAUUGUUCUUUAUUUUCUAUGGAUGAGCUGAAAAUCACAGUAGAGGCCCUGUAAUCAAAUGGAUGUAUUACACAAAAGGGACUGUGAGCAAUGCCUUGCGUCCAUAAUCCAACCCAACAGUCAAUCCGUCUCUUGAAAAAGCACAUUGAUUUGAUUUGGAAUAAUUACUCUAAAUGACUGUGAAGUCAGUCUGAACAAAGCACUACCACAAAUGUGGCUGAAUUCGUCUUUGAUCUUUGUGUGUCCCUUUCAAUCUUUUUUUGAAAGAAUAUUUUACAUUAUGAUUUGAAAGGUUUUCUCCCAUGUGCAAUUUGGUAUAUAUAUGUUCACUAUUAAAACUUAUUUAAUACAAACUUCAGCACAUCGGUUGACAUAGUGGUUUUACAUUAGGACAACACAAAAUCUAGCUGAUGUUUGAAUGAAUUGGUUACUGUGUGGCAGUUCAUUCUAAUGGCAACCUGAAAACCGUGACAGGUUUAACAACAAUCACAAUGUUUCAUGUGUUUUA